UGGCACAGUUACCGUGACUGCACCUUUCAGCUUCGAAAUAACGGCUUGCCUGCGAUGAGUUGCUUUAUGACUUUAUAAUCAUUAUUGUCAGUUCUUCUGUUCUGUCGGCAGGCAAUCGGCGACCGCUUCUAUUUGCUAAUAUUCGAGAGUGGCGAGAAAAAAAAAAGUGCGUCUCAAGGAAGGUACAUACGAUGAGCUUAUGGGAGCCAUUAACGUCGCAACAGUGAUACCUCCCGCCGAACGCCUGAUUCAGGUUUAUGACCCCGACGUCGACGACUUCACGGCAUCGAAAAGGGUGACGAAGUAAGCAACAAAUCGAAGAUAAAGGUGGGACGCAGGCUUGUCGCUCACACCAAUGUGCUGAAGGACGUGACCAAUAUUACUGUCCCAAUGGGCCGUUGCUCUCCGCUUGCAUGCCAUGUGGCGUCGGAUGAUGACGAAACGAACGCUUUACCAGAACCAUCGAUUUCGAAAGAGGAUGUGCCUGUUGUGGACAAGUGUGACCACUUGAAGUUUAAACUCCCGACCUUUGCCCCUUGGGAAGCAGUGCUCAAUCGGAAGGUACCAAUUGGCGGCGACGUUCGUCGUGCCAUCGUGGAUAUCCUCUUUCAAGAAUGCAUGAAAUUGGCGUUGUACCCUUCACACCGUCUGUAUAUAAGUUUCCGCACCUGAGAGAUAACUUCAGCAUGAAUGGGAAGAUGGGCGGACAUUACUCUUGGGUGGAGGCACUGAAGUGCAAAUUUAAAAAACAUGAGGAAGAAAUUGGAUGACAACCCUGCAGAGCUGGCGAUGCGUGACAAACAUGGCAAAAAGCGAGUGAAACCACCCGAGGAAGCAUGCCCCAAUGCAACGAAACGGAUCUCCCGUCUUCAUGGUCAUGAGCAUUUGGUCGUCCUUGGAGAGACAGAGCAGUCAUUGGAGAACCAUAGGCAGUGGCUCAUUUGCCAUUCAGAGGAAGAGGAAAGCCAAGUCACAAAGGAGAGGUUUCUUCUUACAGCAAAGGAGCGGCAUGAAAAAAUCAUGACUGUGACCCUGGCAGCUGCGUUGUCAGAAUUCCCAUUCCUUGCGACAGAAUCAGCUCUGCUUCUGGAAUUCAGCCUUCCGUGGAACCUUGCAACAGUAUUCGAGAACGGGUUCCUGAGCCUGACAAACAAUCUUGCAGCAUGGUAAUGCAGUACCGGGGGCACUUGAGGUCAUUGCCCAGAGGCGCAAGGAAAAGCUGAGCAACAUCGUUUCCAGGGACGUUCCAACACUGACGCCUUGCGUCGUUAUGGAAAACGAGGUGGUGAAGGUCUUCGUGGACAAACAAGAGCUAUUUGUAGCGUCCUCACUUCUCAGCGGUGUGUGCUGCCUAUUUGCAGCAUUUUGGUGUUCCAUAUAGAGUACCCAUUGGGAUCCCACAAGAUGCUCACAUUCCUCGAGCACGCCUUCGCAGGGCUGAGUGAAACAAAGCAAUGGAGUUCCUGAAAUUCUACAUCCUGCACGGUGGACGAGACGAUCAAUCCAAUGAGAAAUAACUUCAGUUCCUGGCCCUAAUAAUAAAAUAAUAAAAUACUGGCUUUUGUA